AUGUUUCUCAAACCACUCCUUUCUGCCCUCGCUGGGCUCUCAGCAAUCGCAUCCGCCAUUCCAAUGCCAACGAGCUUGCAGAAUAACAUAUCUACUAAAGCAGAAGCGACCGACAGACUUGUGUUCUGCCAUUUUAUGAUCGGCAUCACCAGCAACCGUCAAAGCGCUGCGGACUACGACGAUGACAUGCAGCGUGCCAAAGCUGUGGGAAUCGAUGCAUUUGCAUUGAACAUCGGAGUCGACCCUUACAGCGACACUCAGCUCGACUUCGCGUAUGAGUCGGCCGCAAAGAACAACAUGAAGGUCUUUAUCUCCUUUGACUUCAACUGGUACAAUACUGGACAGGCCAGUGCCGUCGGUGCGAAGAUCAAGCAAUAUGGCAGCCUCCCAGCUCAGCUCAAGGUCGAUGGUAAGAUCUUUGCGUCCUCGUUUGCCGGUGACGGUAUCGAUGUCUCUGCCCUAAACGCCGCGGCUGGUUCCGAGGUGUAUUUCGCGCCCAACUUCCAUCCUGGCGUUGGAGAUUUCAGUGCUAUUCAAGGUGCUCUGAACUGGAUAGCAUGGCCCAACGAUGGCAACAACAAGGCGCCGACCCCAGGUCAUAAUGUCAGCGUUGCAGCGGGUGAUGCUGCCUAUAUCAAGGCUCUGAACGGCAAAGACUACAUUGCGCCUGCGUCUGGCUGGUUCUUCACCCAUUUCGGUGGCGAGGUUCCGUACAGCAAGAACUGGGUAUUCCCCUCUGAUCUUCUCUGGUUUGAUCGCUGGAAGGAGAUCUUGACUCUCGGGCCGCGGUUCGUGGAGAUUAUCACUUGGAAUGAUUAUGGCGAAUCCCACUAUAUUGGACCUUUGUCCUCGCCUCAUACAGAUGACGGAGCUUCCAAGUGGGUGAUGGACAUGCCGCACAAUGGUUGGCUAGAGAUGUCGAAGCCGUUCAUUGCCGCCUACAAGGCCGGCGACACAUCUGUGGACAAGUACGUCACGGAGGACAAGUUGAUCUACUGGUACAGACCGACUCCAAAGGAUGUGAGCUGCGAUAACACGGACACUACCAUGCAAGGAAAUCCAAACAAUUCCAGCGGCAACUUCUUCCGCGGCCGGCCCAACGGUUACGAGACAAUGAAGGACGAAGUGUUCGUCGUGUCGCUGCUCAAGACCCCUGCUACCGUCGAAGUAACUUCAGGAGGAGCCAGCAAGUCCUUCAUUGCAAACGCUGGAGCAAAUGCCUUUGCUGCCCCCAUGGGAGUGGGCCAGCAGAAGUUUGCGCUUUCUCGCGAAGGAAAGACCGUCAUGUCCGCCACGAGCUUGAAAAACAUUGUCGAUACCUGCAUCUGCGGCCUCUACAACUUCAACGCCUAUGUUGGAACUGUGCCCCCAGAGGCAACCAUCGACAAACUCCAACCGGCUGGUCUGUCGAUGUUAAACCAAGGGUUGAAUGCGCCAUGCCCAACCAACACCCUAGGGCUUGCUAUGCCUCGCAUCACUGCUUACUGA